UGGGACAAGGCUUCAUAGGGGCUAUGUAGAAGAAGCUACAUUAGAAGACAAGCCGUCGCAAACUACUCACAUUGUGUUUGUUGUGCAUGGUAUUGGGCAGAAAAUGGACCAAGGAAGAAUCAUCAAAAACACAGCUAUGAAUAGAAUCCUGCGCACAACCUGGGCCUCUGGGAACUCAGUAUUCCAUGACGUGAAGGUUCCAAUUUGCCUAGACUAUACCCCAUUGCUUCUGAAAAGAAAGAAGAGAUCCACGGAUACUGAGAUGAGAUUGACUUUUGUGGUCCCAUAACCUUCCAAGCUUUGGGUGAAUUUUAUCAGACAACUAAACAUCUUUAAAAACCCAACAAAGGAUGCGAGAUACUGCAAGAAAAAUAGAAGAGAAGUACUUUUGCAAUCUUGCAACACAUGUUGAGUUUCUGCCUGUUGAAUGGAGAUCAAAACUUGCUCUUGAUGGAGACACCGUUGAUUCCAUUACUCCUGAUAAAGUACGUGGUUUAAGGGAUAUGUUGAACAGCAGUGCAAUGGAUAUAAUGUAUUAUACAAGUCCUCUCUAUAGAGAUGAACUAGUAAAAGGCCUUCAACAGGAGCUGAACCGGUUAUAUAUGCUGUUCUGUUCUCGGAAUCCAGAGUUUGAAGAAAAAGGGAAAGUCUCAAUUGUGUCACAUUCCCUGGGAUGUGUAAUCACUUACGACAUAAUGACUGGCUGGAAUCCAGUAAGACUCUAUGAACAAUUGCUGCAGAAGGAAGAGGAGGAUCUAGAAGACCGUUGGAUGAGCUAUGAGGAGCAACAUUUGCUUGAAGAACUUUACAUAACUAAACAACGAUUGAGAGAGAUAGAAGAAAGGUUACAUGAAUUAAAGGCAUCAACCAUAUCGAAAACACCUGCCUUAAAAUUUAAGGUUGAGAAUUUCUUCUGUAUGGGAUCUCCAUUAGCAGUGUUUUUGGCACUGCGUGGCAUCCGUCCAGGAAACAGUGGAAGUCAAGAUCACAUUCUGCCCAGAACUAUUUGUAACCGGUUGCUAAACAUUUUUCAUCCAACAGAUCCAGUGGCCUAUAGACUAGAACCUUUAAUUUUGAAGCACUACAGCAACAUUUCACCUGUCCAGAUCCACUGGUACAACACUGCAAACCCUCUACCUUAUGAGCACAUGAAGCCAAGCUUUCUCAACCCAACAAAAGAACCUACCUCAGUCACCGAGAAUGAAAGUAUACCAACCAUACCAAGCCCAGCUACUUCACCAGUCAUGGUUCGACGCCAUUAUGGGGAGUCAAUAACAAAUAUAGGCAAAGCAAGUAUAUUAGGAGCUGCUAGCAUUGGGAAGGGCCUUGGAGGGAUGUUGUUCUCAAGAUUUGGCCGAUCUAGUGCACCCACUUCACAAACAUCUGAGACUGGAAAAGAGGGAACAGAAGGCGAAGACAAGAAGCCAGUUGCCAUUCAUUCUACUGUUGGAACGCUGACCUUCCCACACAGCAGCUCCGGCUUCCUUGACCCCACAUUGGAACUGGAGCACAGGAUUGACUUUGAGCUCAGGGAAGGUCUUGUGGAGAGCAGAUACUGGUCUGCAGUAACAUCGCACACUGCAUAUUGGUCAUCUAUGGAUAUUGCUCUCUUUCUUCUUACCUUCAUGUAUAAACAGGACCAAGAAGAUGCUGACAAAUCAAAUUUAGACCCUGUUUGAAUUUUUUGGGUUGUUUUUUUUUAUUUUUUUUUUAUUUUGAGGAGGGUGGGAAUUUUACAACAAAUGGCACAAAACUGAUAUUUUACUGUUAAAACGUAGUGUCUAAGGCAUGGAAGUUUCAGGUUUAAGUGCAUGUUUGGAUUUUUUCCUGUUUUUAAAGAGCAAAAUGAUUUGCAUUUAAAAACAUUUAGUUUUAAAUAUUUGCAGAAAAUUAUUCCAAAUUCUCAUGAUUUUGAUUGUUUAAAAAGCCAGAACAUGUAGCAUCACAUACGCACUGUGCUUGGGUGACAUGUGUUAAUGACCAUAAUUACUGUUUAGUUCGUUAAAAUAUAAAGAUUAGUCAACUGAAACUAAAUUAACUUUAAUUAACAAAACAUAUGUUAGAUGCAAACCUAAAACUGCCAUGUUCCUAUGUUUUAUGUACCAGUAAAUAAUAAACAUUAGUGUCAUUUUUCUAAGACUUUAUUGAAAUCUACAGGAUAUUACCCACAGUUCCAUUGAAAGACCAUUCCUACUGCUGACUUCAAGGGUGUAUUACACAUAACUUGUUUAGAAACUGCUGAAAAAGCAUGAAACAAAUAUUUGAAAUACUGUAAUUAUAAUUUAUUAUUACCUCUGACUAAUUGCUUCAUUUAUUCCAGUGUACAAAACAUUACUUUUUUUACUGGUUUCUUUUGGCUUAAUUUAAGAACCACAUUUAUUUUCUACAGUGUUAAGAUUUUUUCUCAGAUAUACAUAUCUUUGUACUAUUCAAAUGAAUAUAUGGACACUGUGGCACACUUUCAGUAUUUUUUUCAUUAAAAAUAAAUCUUUGUGGUUUCACACAAAUGACACUAGUUACAUUCUUCUCAGAGGUAAGUAACCUCUUUCAUAGGCCCUUGCCUUUUUGGUCACAUGUCUCACAAAUGACUGAAGGCUUAUUUUGGACCUCUCAUUAGACUUAAUUUGCAGUAGCGAAGUGUAUUCCAUUUACUGCUACUGAAAAUAUGUGCAAUAAUGUAUUGAGAAGAAAGAGUGCAACUUGAAAUGAAUUUGGUGAGCUCAAAAGCAUUUGCAUAAUUGAUAUCAGAAGCGAACAGUGUGAUACUUUUUAUUAAAAGCCAAACAAAA